AUGAAAUGGGAAGGAAGAAAUGCUCAUAGAGGUACGCGGGCGGAAGAGGGGAGAGGGGGAGAGGAGAUAGAGACAGAGGAGACAGAGGAGACAGAGGAGACAGAGGAGACAGAGGAGACAGAGGAGACAGAGGAGACAGAGGAGACAGAGGAGACAGAGGAGACAGAGGAGGAGCUUUUCAGUGCGAGAAAAUCUUUGCAAUGUUAG